UCUUUCUCUUAAUAAAUCUGUUGUGUUCAGCUAUUGUUAUAGCACGUGACGCCACUAGGCGGAGCAGUGAGCAGGAGUUACGACUGAGGAAGGAGAAGAAGAAGGGAGUGUGGAGUUGAGCUGCUGCAUGUUGUAGUGAGUUGAAGCUGAAAAUAAAGUCCAGAAACAAGAUCCGUUUUGUGGAUGAUUUCUGCCGCCGGCUACACAACAAAUUGGCGACGAGGCGAACCUACAAGCAUAGUCUGCAGUGAAAAAAGAUGGCUUCAAAUGUGCCGUUUCCAGACGUUUUUCUGCCGUGCCCGGGAGAACCGAUUAUGCCGUUCAAGACGUGGAUUCGGAUGUUUGAAAAUUAUCUUCUAGUCAUCAAUGCCGGUGGAGAUGCAUGGCCAGAGAUAAGACUACUAGCCUUACUACUACACUGUCUGGGCUCCGAAGGACAGCGGAUUUUCCACACAUUACCAGAGACAGGUACCACGCUAGCUACAGCCAUUGCCGCGCUUCGCGCGCAUUUUACGCCUACAGUAAACGUGGUCGUGGAACGCCACACCUUCAGAAAGAGAGUGCAGGGUGCUCAAGAACCCAUACUACAUUACAUUGCUGCCCUAAGAGAACUUGCUUCAACAUGUGACUUUGCUAAUGCGGAUGAUAUGAUUCGGGACCAGCUGGUGGAGCAUGUUGCUGACCCCCGCAUCAGAGAACGGCUCCUGCUUAAAACUAACUUGACGCUAGCAGAUGCUAUCACGUUAGCCACUCAAGCUGAGUCCGUUAAUGAACAAGCUAGGUCAAUGGCGGGUAUCCAGCAGGCACCUGUGCAAGUUGUAACUACACAGAAAUCAGCAUGCAGGCGUAGACAGCCACGCCAACAUUUUCCUGCAAAGCACGUACAGAAAUCUAAUUCUACCCCUUCUACACGCACAUGCUUCCGAUGUGGAUCUGAGAAACACUUGGCUAACUCAAGUGAAUGCCAAGCAACCAAAGCAACCUGCAGAAACUGUAACAAAAGAGGCCAUUUUGCACGAGUGUGCAGAUCUUUGCAGACACAUACAGUUAAAGAAGUUGAAUUACCAGAGUACACACUUCUGUUGGUGGACAGAUCAGUCACUUCAGGUGGAAUACAAGUUACAGUGAACAUCAAAGUGGCUGAAAGCUCACAGUCGAUGAAACUGACUGUGGAUACGGGUGCUGCCGUCUCCAUCUUGCCACUCUGCAUAUAUGAGGAAAAGUUCAAGGGCGCUCCGCUUCAUCAGCCCACUGUUCAACUGGUGACCUACUCCCGAACAUCUAUUCCAGUGAUAGGCUGCAUGGAGGCAAUUGUGCACAUACAGAACCUUGAAAAACCUGCAACAUUUCACAUUGUGGACUCUGGAACUGCACUCAUGGGGAGAGACUUAAUAGCUGCUUUCAAUCUGCGCAUUGAGGGCAACGCUGCAUACUUGCCAUCCACACAUUUUCUGUCUUUACCCUCUGCUGCUCUAAUGGAAUGCUCUGUGUCUCAGCCAGCUGCCCCUGCAACCCUUGGAUGUGCUGUUGGUUUCAUACACAAGGUGAAGGUGCUGCAAACAGCUGUUCCGGUGCGUCAAAAAUUGAGACGCCUUCCCUUUUCUGUGCGGUCUGCUGUGUCAGAGGAGCUGAACCGCCUCCUCUCAGCUGGUGUGAUUGAGCGCAUUGAUGCUUCUCCCUGGGUCUCGCCAAUAGUGGUCACACAAAGGAAAAAUGGAAAAAUCCGAAUGUGUGUGGACCUGCGAGAGCCUAACAAAGCCAUUGUGGUGGACAGUUUUCCUCUUCCUCACAUGGAGGAAUUACUCUCAGCGCUAACAGGUGCAACACUAUUCUCAACCAUCGAUCUGGAGAGCGCAUACCACCAAGUUUUGCUGCACCCUGACAGCAGGGAUUUAACUGCUUUCAUCACCCAUGAGGGACUGUUCAGGUUCUGCAGGGUUCCUUAUGGUCUUGCCUCAGCCCCAUCAGCUUUUCAAAAGCUAAUGGCGACAGUGCUGCAUGGAGUGCCAAAUGUACAGUUCUACCUCGAUGACAUAAUAUGCUACGGGCGCACAGCACAUGAACAUGAUGCUGCCCUAGAGACAGUCCGACAGAAACUCAAAACAGCAGGCUUGCAGCUUAAUGACAAGAAAUGCCACUUUCGACAGACGAGCCUGAAGUUCCUGGGACAUCUAGUAACCGCUGAGGGAAUAAAACCAGACACGGAGCACCUGCAGGCCAUCACACAGGCCCCUGCUCCAUCAGAUGCUGUGAGCCUUCGCUCAUUCCUGGGAAUGCUAUCCUGGUAUGGAAAAUUUAUUCCUAAUUAUGCUACAGUGGUGGAGCCUCUUCGAGCCUGUCUACGUCAAGGCACACAGUUUGUAUGGACUGAAGAGGCACAGCGAUGCUUUCUAACUGUAAAACGUCUACUCCUAGAAAGCCCUGCGCUAGCCUUGUUUAACCCUGAGCUACCAACCAUAAUCUCCACUGAUGCAUCUGAUUAUGGUGUGGGUGCUGUAUUCUCCCAGCUGCAACCGGACAACACUGAAAGAACUGUUGCAUUUGCAUCAAGGACAUUGUCAUCCACUGAAAGGAAAUACUCCACAGUGGAAAAAGAAGCUCUUGCGUGUGUCUGGGCUGUAGAAAAAUGGCGGACAUACCUGUGGGGACGAAAAUUCACACUGCGCACAGACCAUCAGGCCCUCACAACGCUUCUGACUACAAAAGGAGCUGAUCGAGCAGGGAUGCGCAUUGCAAGAUGGUCUGCACGCCUUCUCAGCUUCACAUAUGACGUCGUGUACAGAGCGGGGCCUCUGAACCAAACAGCUGACUGCCUUUCACGGUUACCUCUGCCAGCCGCUUCUUUUCCUCCUGAGGACUCAGAACCUGAGUUGGUGGCUUUACUAGCUACAACUCCUGUGUCCGUGACAGCCAAAGAGUUUGAAGAUGCUUCAUCUUCUUGCCCCGAGCUUUCCUCCUUGCGUGUGCAGGUGCAACAGCGGUGGCCACGAUCUGCUAAAUCAGUAAGUCCUGUUUUGCAACCCUAUUUCAAAAUAAGGCAUGAGUUAAGUGUGCAAGACAGCCUGGUGUUUCGGGGAUCCCGUUUAGUGGUGCCAAUUUCCCUCCGCUCCACACUUGUGGCCCUUGCUCAUGAAGGUCAUCAGGGUGUGGUGCGAACAAAACAACGUCUGAGGGACCUGUAUUGGUUCCCUGGUAUGGAUGCAUUAGUGCUUUCCCAAGUGACCGAAUGCUCUUUGUGCCAACAAACUGACAAAUCUGCCAAAGUUUUUCAGGCCCCACUACAACCGGUGCCCCUGCCAGAGGGUCCCUGGGAAAAGCUAGGCCUGGAUAUUGUCGGACCCUUUGAAUCUGCUACAUGGGACUGUAAGUUUGCAAUCACUCUUACUGACUAUUAUUCAAAAUGGCCUGAAGUUGCCUUUGCUCCUUCCGUGAACUCUGAAACCGUGAUCCAAAUUCUUAGUGGACUUUUCUGUCGCUAUGGCAACCCAGAGUGUUUGGUCACAGAUAACGGACCGCAGUUCACAUCUGCUUCAUUCUCCUCUUUUCUGCGCGACAAAGGAAUUAAGCACACAAGAUCAUCUGUGUACCACCCUUCUUCUAAUGGUGCAGUAGAACGAUUUAACAGAGUGUUUAAAGGUUGGAUUCAAGCUGCGAUCAUCCAAAACAAACCUUGGAAAAGUGCAACAUCCUCUUCUCUUCAAGCUUACCGUGCUACGCCACAUGCCAUGACUGGUGUGUCACCAUUUGAGCUAAUGCACGGACGCAAAAUGAGGACAACACUAAACAUUCUUCCUCCUCCACCACUGGAACAGCCUGCUGUCGACCUACGUCACAGAGUGUCACUCCGCCAAAGUCACGUGAGGCAGUAUUGUGAUGCUAAAAGAGGUGCUCGCACUCCUCUCUUCAGAGCAGGUGACAAAGUGCGUGUACGGAAACCUGUUCACGUGCAGAAAGGUCAGCGUCAAUUCUCUGCUCCCAUCAGGAUCAAACAGCAGGUGGGCCCAAGCACUUACAUCUUAGAUGAUGGAAGGGCCUGGCAUGCUUCCCACUUGGCUUCAGUACCAAACAGGCUUCCUGUAUGCCCUUCACCACCAGAGGCCGGUACUGAAAGGGUUGAAAUGGAGCCUAAUCAAGAUCAUCAAGCCCUAAAUCGCCCUGUCAGAUCACAUAAGCCACCAGGUUGGCUUAAGGACUUUGUAAUGUAAAAAAAAAAAAAAAAAAAAAAAAAAAAAUCUACAUAUGUUCAAUUGUUGUGAAUUGAUUCUUACUUGCUCUUUAUUCUGUGAGUAAUGACAUUACUUGAAAUAUGCUGUUGAUGCACAAAGGAAAUUGCAUUAAGAAUUAAAUUCAGGGAUUUUUGUGACAGCACAGGUUAUCCUUAAGUAAGGGGGGGACGUUGUGUUCAGCUAUUGUUAUAGCACGUGACGCCACUAGGCGGAGCAGUGAGCAGGAGUUACGACUGAGGAAGGAGAAGAAGAAGGGAGUGUGGAGUUGAGCUGCUGCAUGUUGUAGUGAGUUGAAGCUGAAAAUAAAGUCCAGAAACAAGA